CCUAAUAAUUUACAGAGAUGUUCCUGAAAUCAUCUCAACUUCUCCGCAGCCCCUUGGGCCGGGGAAGGCCUUCCACCCCCGCACCGGGCCCCUCUUCACUUUACACUCCUUGCCUUCCUCCACGGCUACCCGCACACGCCAGAGACCCAGCAAGCGCUCCCCUCCCGCGGCCGCCUCCCUGCCUCCAUCCCCCAGCGGCAGAAGCGGCUCCAUUCAAUCGCAGGCUCUGCUGUGGGCCCGCCGCCGCCUCCCGGGCUCGCCUCCCGCGGCCGCCGCCGCGCCCCACGCCAGCCUCCUCCCGCCGGGCCGCGCCGCCGCCCGACCCCCGGCCCCGAAGACACAGUCGACUUACCCAGAGAUUGAACCAACUGCUUCUUCCUUCCUUGUCGGGGGAUUAGGACGAGGGAAGAUGGGGAGGGGGGAGAGGGGAGGAAAUCAAGGUGGGUUUCAGUUUUCCCACCUUAAAAAAGAAGAUUAAAAAAAACGAAGAGGAUAAGGGCAAAAAAA